ACUCGGAGCAUCAGUCACUGUUCUUCAGUUUAUCGUCGCCUGGUAUAACUUCUGAAUGAUUAUAUCGAUUAUUCUGAAAAGCUAAAACCCUAAAUAUACAGAAGCUAUGGAAAAUCUGUCGUUCAUAUGCGGUGGUCUUGGAAUCAUUGAAGAGGAUGACGAUGGCAAUCAGAUCGGGUACACUCCAGGAGAAUACUGUUUAGAUAAUUUGAAGGAUUUGCUGAGAUUUCUAAGGCGAGACGAUCCAGAGACUCGAGAAGUGUUCAAACAAGUUUGUAAAUGGAACAUAGUGGGUAAAGAUAUAUUGCCCAUAAUCCAACACCGUCAAAAUGAUACCACGUUGUUGCUAAAUGCAGUGAAGGUUUUGGUGUUUCUUACAAUGCCAAUUGAUCCAACAUCUAAAGAUAUACCACAACAGAUUGAAUAUCUUUGGGGUUUGAAGUCCAUGAUCACUUCCAGUCAUGCUAUCCCAGUGAUAGUUACCCUUCUUGAAAGCCCACUUGAACAUUUGGAAGGGGAUUCAUUUACAGAGGAUGACUGGAAACUGGUGCAGCUUGUAGUCACUUUAUUUCGCAACAUUUUAGCUGUUCAAGACAUCACCACACAACAGAGAGUUGCUGGAUUAGCUUCUGAAUUUGUCAUUCUUAGAGAUCGAUUCUUGGAACUGUUGUUUGAAGAGAAUGUGAUGGAUUUGAUUUUAGUCUUAACACAACAUGUUGGUGGUUCCUCUGGUGUUUUUCGCCAAGAUAAUUUGCUUUUAUUAGAGACAUUCUAUUACAUAUAUAAGUGCCAAGUUCCUGAGCUAAUUGCAAGAGCUCAUGUAGAUGCUUCCAUGAAGGUGGAGGGAGAAGCAGAAGCUACUGCCACUGAUCUUAAGUCUCUAAUGGAAGAGGAAAAAGAAAAAAGAAGGCAAACAAUGCUUUUAAAUAUUGGUGCUCGAUCAAAGUUCAGUGGAUCAUUCACCCGAGUUACUAUGGAUGGUUCCAAAGUUUUAGUUAAAGGAAACCCUUGUUCUGAUUCUCAUGAUUCAUUGCUUAAAGGUCAUAAAAACCAGCGUGAUUCAUCAAAAAAGAUGCCAUGGGAGAGUGGAAGAAUGCCAACAACAAACAAGAAUAUCCUUCGGUUGCUCCAUGAUUUUACUAAUCAGUUCCUGUUAGGAGGGUAUAAUGUGUUAAUGCAGUCAAUUCGUGAGGAUAUUGAGAAAGAACACCAUGCUAUUGAAAACAGCGAUGUUGUUAUAUUCUUUCAGGUUGCUGAAUUUAUUAUGUCUUUCCAGAAUCACAAGUUACUUGCUUCAAAGCCUGAUGCUGAAGCCAAUGUAUCUGAGUCUUCUAAAGAUCAUGAUGCUGAAAGCACAUUGUUUGAAGGAAAUAUAUGUGGUUCAAUUUCUGAAACAAUGAAUGAGCCAAUGUUUCUACUUGUUGUAUCAAAGUGGCGUUCUGCAUUUGAUGGUUUGAAGGAGACAAAUGAGUACAAAUUUCUUUCUGCUGCUGGAUCUCUCAUGAAAAUAAUGAUAAACAUGUUAGAUUUGGUGCUUAAGAUGUCACUAGAUGAUUCUAGGGAGCCUCAAACUGCACGUGUUCUUCUUUACAAAUUAUUUUAUGAUCAGACAGAUCAAGGGAUGACUUACUUCCUGUUUAAUUUGAUCAAGACAUUUAAUGCACACAAACAACCAAAAAGUGAUCUUGCUGAUUUGGUUGAAACAAUUCAUAUAGUCAUAUGGCUGAUGGAAAAUCUUCAAUCACGUGGUACAUUGAGGGUUUCUAAAAAGUCAAGGAGGAAAAGAAAGAAGAAACCCUCAACCACUAAUAAAGAAGCCAAUGCUUCAGAUCAAAUUCCAAUUCAAAAUGAGGAUCAUGAAAAAACUGAAAAUGUGAGCAUUCCAGAAAAAGAAACUUCACCAAGUUCAAAAGCUGAUAAGAUUGGAGAUGAUGAUGAUGACAUCAUCCAUGGAGAAUCUGAUGCAACUAAGGAGGAAACUAAAGAUACUGAAGGAAACAAUGAUUAUGUGUUGGAUGAAUCUUCUGAUGAUGAUGAGGAAGAACAAGAUGCAAGAAAUGAAGUUGACUUUAAGGCAUCUUCAUUGGUCUCUUCUCUUGCAAACAACACCAUUAUCCAAAAUUUAUGUUGGCUAUUGAAGUUUUACAAAAGCAAUUCUGUUAGAACAAAUCAUUACAUUAUAUGUGCAUUAACAAGAAUUUGUCAAGAUCUGGAACUUUCUCCUAUGCUAUAUCAGUUAUCGCUUCUUAUAAUAUUUCACACCAUUCUAGAAGAGCAGAAGUCAAGUCCAUUAAAAGAACACAAGAACAUUGUUUUAUUUCUUACAGAUUUAAUUAGGAGAAUGCUGAGAAAAAUGAAGAGUAAUCCUCUUCUUUUUGUGGAAAUUCUUUUCUGGAAGUCACGUAAAGAAUGUCAUUAUAUAAACUGUGAAUCAAUGCUACAAGAUUUUGGCAGAAAUGGGUAUACAAAAAGAGGAAAUGACAAUAAUACCCAUAAUGGAAAUGACAAUGACAAUGUUGGUGGAAAUGGAUAUGGAUAUGUUAAAAAAAGCAUGGCUGAUGCACUUGGUGACGAUGAAGCUGAUGUUGUGAUUCCACCUUGGAAAGAUAGAGAUGAUGACCAGAGUGAGGAAAAUGGAGAAGGGACAGAAAACUUUAUUGAAAGAACUGAAACAGUGGAAAAUCCUGUAAAGGCACGAAAAAGAUUGAAGCCACUUGUUCUUAAUGAUGAGCUGGAAGAAAAGCUGAAGGACCUUUUUGAGAAAUAUAAAGAGCUUCCAGAUUGUAGUCAACGUAUAGUAACAGAACUUAAUUUGGAAGUUUCAUCAGCUCAAGUUUCAAAAAAACUUAAAGAAUUGGGAUUAAAAUUUCCACCAAAAAAGAGAAUGAUUAAUAAAGAUGUCUCUGAUAUUCAAGAAAAAGACAUGGAUGCAUCACUUCAACAACCUUCAUUUGUCAGAAAAAGAGUACGUGCAUUUAAUGAAGAUCAAGAAAUGAAGAUCAGAGCUUUAUUUGAACAGUUUAAAGAUCACAAGAAAUGCAGUCACAUGAUUGCAAGUGCACUAGAAGGUGACGUGGCAUUCACAGCAGCACAAAUUACACGUAAGCUGACACAACUUGGCUUGCGUGUCAAGAAACAAAAGUCAAAUGAUAAAAUGAACUUGAGAGAUGAUGAUGAUGUUUCAGAUGGUGAAACACUUGUAUCACUAAAGAAAAGGAGCAAGAAUAAGGUCUCAAUUGAGAAAACACAAGAUGACAUUUCAGAUGAUGACAAUGUUGUACUAAGUGCUUCUUUUAAGAGAAAAAAGAAGCACAAUAUUGUCACAAAUGAGGGAACACCAGAUGGAAUAAACAACCAAUUAUUAGAUGAUGAUGAUGAUGAUGAUGAUGAUGAUGUUGUUUUAAGCUCGGCUUUCAGAAGCAAAAAGAAGCAUACUAAGGUUACAACUGAGGAGACACCCAAUGAUGAUGAUGAUGAUGAUGAUGAUGAUAUUAAAGUUGUGAAGAAGAGGUUGUCACAUAAAAGAGGCAAUUUAGUUGAUGACAAGAAUAGUGAAGAAGAAGAACAAGUUGUGAAUGGUGAAGAGGAAGAUGUGAUGAUGAGUGAAAGUGUUAAUCAUAUGGAUGAUGAUGAACUUAAUGAUGAAGUAAUGGAUUUAGGAAACAAUGAAAGUCCUGUUAUGUCUCAAAAAAGUGGAGGGGUGAGGCGAAAGUUGAGAAUGAUCAUAGAUGAUGAAGAUUAAAGAGAUCAUAAUCGUUCAUUGGUAAAGUAUAAAAAUGUUGCUAUGUUUUUUGUAUUUAAUGGGGACACGAUUUGAUCUUGUGAUGUGUAUAUUAAGUCAAAACUCUUUUCAUAUUUUCUAGUUUAUUUCUUUUUAUUUCCA